AUGUCUGCAGCAUCCUCCCGGAGGGGUUCUGAUUCGUUCGGUGCCAUUCAGCGCAGCCAGGCCUCCAGAAGACGAGAUGCGGCAGAGAAGGCAUCGGCUGGCGGCAACUAUGACAGCGCCAUUGCUGAGCUGACGCGGGCCAUCUACCUGACCCCGGACGACGCCCACCUAUACGGUGAGCACAACACCACGAACGAACUGCAAUGGAUGAAUUCACGCUUUCUGUCUCUCUCCACAUGCAGUUGAGCGUGGCGAUGCUUAUCUGAAUCUGAGAGACCUCAACAGUGCCAAACGCAACUACAAGAAGGCACUCCAGCUCUCCCCCCACCUCAAGGACGCACAGUCCAGAUGGAAUCUCCUCACUACAACCAUGGCCGCACGCACACUCAACCGCGGGCAGACCAGCACCGCUCGUGCCGCCCUGAAGACGGCCGACAGGAGCGCAGAGAACCUCUACCUCCGGGCCGUGUGCGAAGUGCGCGACGGCAACCUAAAGGAGGCCCUCGCUUUCACAGAAGACGCCUUGGGGGAGACCCCGGCCAUGGCAGAUGCGCAUAUGCUUCGCGGGGCUCUCUUGCUGCUGCAGAACCAGGCGGGCGAGGGGGUCAACAAGUUCGCCCAGGCUGUCUCAGCGCUGUGGAAGGCCUUCAGCCACAACCCUGCGGACACGUCGGUGCAGUACUUUCUGCUGGACAUGCACAACCGCGCCACUCAGCUGCACGAGCAGGCCAUGAGCCUGGUGUUCCAGCAUGACUACUGGAAGGCGCUGGAGGUACAACAGCCAUUCGAUCCAUCACAGAAGGGGUCGUAUCGUCACUUUCGUGUGUCUGGUGUGUGUUUUGUCUGUCUGUCUUUCUCCUUGUUUAGUCAGAUGUUGAACCAGGCGUCAGAUGUGGCGCCCGACCAUCCCGCGUCACUGUUCCUCCGGGCGACUGUGCACAGGCGACUGGAUCGGUUCGACGAGGCGCUCACCGACCUUCAACACUGCUCGGCGUGCUGCACAGAGGAUAUCAGGUACCUACCAAGACACACACACACACACACACACACACCAUUUCCCUUCUCACAAGCGAUGCGAUCCGUGUCUCCUGCCUGCGUGUAGGGAGCAGAUAAUGGUGCAGGCGGCCCUGACAUACGGCGACAUGGCGCGGAACCUGCACAAGAAUGGCCAUUUCAAGGAGGCCAUCACCCUCUGCAACGAAGCCGGCACCUUCCACCACGUCCCCAUGACCAGGCUCCUGCGCGGCGAGUGCCGCCUUCAGCUGGGCCUCCACCAGGACGCCAUACACGACUUCAAGCAGGAGCUGGAGCACGCCACAAACGCCAUACCGCCGGAAGAAAUCCUCUCGCCCGACAUUCAACGAACAAAGAGCACGAGACAGCACGGUGAUGGCCCAGCGGAGGAGUCUUCGUCUUUGGCGUCAGAGCUGUGGAAGAUCCGCAGGUGUCGAAGAAUAUGCGAGGUGCACGGCGCACUAUCGAGGGCCUACCAGCUGCUGGGCAUCCACCACUUCAACAAGGGCGACUACGUGGGGGCAUCGAUGGAGCUCACCAAGGCGAUCGAUCACAUCCAGCCGUCACGCUUUCCCCAGAUCGCCGGCGAGAAGGCGGCAGCACCAAUGGAGCAGCUGUGGCUGCCCAUUGACGCACAGCUCUUCCUACACAGAGGUCUGGAAAAGGGCGACACACACACACACACGCAGAACACAGAACACACACACCUGUCUGUCUCCUUUUCACUUGCUUAUGCAGGCUACGCCGCCUUUUACUCGAAGCGCAUGGAGCAGGCCCUGCGUGACUUCGACACUGCAUCGCGGCUCGACCCCUCCAUCCCCUUCCCCCUCUGCGAGCCACUCCGGCCCCCCAAACACAACCCCGUCAUCGACACCCUCCCAGAGCCCCUCAAGAGAGCCCUCUUCCGUCCGCGGCAAAUCGAGGCGCUGAACCUCACGUCCACUUUGCCAACCGAGCGGCUGCUGGCGGAGGAGAGCAUCCGAACGCGCCGAUCGCCGCGCAGAAAGGAGGACCAGACAGAGACAUGUCUCGCUUUGACGGACCAGCCUCCCAGCCAUCGGCCGUCUGCCACACCCUCUGUGCUGAGCGAGAGGGUUCGGCACAUAGAGUUGGAGGGACUGCGGGUGACGCCCACACUGAUGGACACCAUUGCAGAGGUCACAGAGAGGGAGGGGGAGGGAGAGGGGGACAGCAGCGUUCGCAGGCGCAGGCGCACGACGCAGGAUCACAUUACUGUGCGGUUUGCUAAGGAAGAGGCUGAGAGGAAGGCGAGCGUCUAUAGACAUGAUUCCUAUGAGAGCAUUGUUGCAACCAUCCGGAGCAGCGCAUAAGUAAGUGGAGUGGAU